GGAAGGCGUCGCGGGGCGAUGACGCAACCGCAGUCCGCCUCAGCCUCGGGAGCAGGAUGUCACCUCGCGCGCGGCUUUGGCGUGAGGCGGCGACGGUGCUGCUGGCGGCGGGAGGCGCUUCUGGCGGCGGCUCGGCCUCCCCUUCCUCCCCCUCGGCGCGCCGCUUCGACUACCAGGUGCUGCUCCUCCGGCGGAACCCCCGCAGCGCCUUCCUGCCGAGCGCCCACGUCUUCCCGGGCGGCGUGGCCGACGCGGCGGACUUCUCCCCGGAGUGGUGGGCGCUGCUGCCGGGCCCGGCGCCUCUCUGCGGCCUACGCCCCAGGAGAGGCCCAAAGGCGCCGCUCUUCGCCGCCGAGCGCCCCGAAUUGGGCCGGGCCUUGCCCGGAGACUUAGCCUUCCGCCUCUGCGCCAUCCGGGAGACCUUCGAGGAGGCCGGCCUGCUCCUCGUGACCGAGCGGGACCAGGCCGAAGCCGCCAUCGCGGCCUCUUCCUCGCCGGAAGGGUUUACCCCGCGCUUACUUCCCCCGGAGCAGCUCCCGCUGACGGGCCCCGAGCUGGCCGAGUGGCGGCGGAAGGUGCAGAGGCAGCCGGGUCUCUUCCUGGCGCUGUGCCGCCGCCUGGGCCUGGUGCCCAACAUCUGGGCCCUGCGCGAGUGGAGCAACUGGCUCACGCCGCGCGCCCUGGCCGGGAAGGGCGGGCGCAGGUACGACACCGCCUUCUUCCUCUGCUGCCUCGCCCACGCGCCCCCGCCGCACCCCCCGCACGGCGCCCACGAGCAGGACGGAGAGGUCACCGCCUGCCAGUGGUCCUCACCCUUAGAAGCUUUUGAACUGUUUAAGUCUCAAGACAUCUGGAUAGCACCACCACAGUUCUACGAGUUAUGCAGACUCUGCAAUUUCUCAACACUUCAUGAUCUGCACACUUUUGGCUCUGAGCGAGCUUUAGAAGGAUGUGAACGCUGGAUGCCUGUUGUAUUGGUUGCUUCAGAUGGCCAGAUACAUAUUUUACCAGGUGAUGAGUUAUACCCAGAAGACCCUGAUCUCACAGGAGAAAGGAAACCAACUUUGACAUCCAAUAAAAAGAUUGAAGAACUAAUGAAAGGUGUUAAGAAACUUCACCGAAUGGUGCUACGAGGCCCUCAUAAUAUUUCUGUCUAUGCGAACAUCCAACAAAAAUACAAACAUAUCAAUCCACAACAUAUGGAUUCUAAAAAUGGAAAUAGUGCAGACUGUAAUAGCAGAUUAUAAUAUUUUUCUAUUAUUCUAGGUAGUGGCAUUUUAAAAACAGCUAAUAUAUUUUUAUAUAGAACAACCUAUAUGGCAGCUCAGGGUGCUUGUGCCAUUUUACUUAACACACCCCAAGCCUGCUGCAAAUAAUAUAGGCUUCAUUUUUCUGCUAAAUGUUUGUUCAAAUGUGAUAGUUCUGGGCCUUACAAAUUUUACCUUAAUUUAUACAUUUAUGUAUUGAGAUCACUAAAGUGCCAGCAUGGCAAUAUUUUGCCAUGAACAGCCCAGAGGUCAUACAUCAGUAUGAUAAGCUGAAAUCAUUUAGUAUAAAAUAGUUCAGUAUCUUAAAUUACUUUAGUUUUUAGCUGAAAGUAUAGAGACAUAUCAACUUGUUUAACCUCACUGAGUUAGUUCACACUUGCUGCCCUUAGGAUUCCAAUCUUACAAAUGAACUUAAACUCAAUUGACUACUAUUGAUAUAAUACUCAGAAGUUCUAUUUUUGAAACUGGAAAGCACUUUGAUAGACAUACAAACCAGUGUUGUGCCAUCCAAUUGUGACCUUAUAAAGCGAAUAUAUUGUUUCAUAUUAUUUAUGCAAUAUUUUAUUUUAAUUCCUGUAUUUAUUCAAUAUUUUAAUUUCAAAAAUGCCAAAUGAUAUAUAUUUGAACAUUAGCCAUUUGGUGUGACUCUUAAUUUAUUGUUUGCUUGAACAGUUGUUAAAAAUAAAAUUUAAUUUUCAGCAA